UGGCGCAAUACUUGCGUUGCCGGAAGUUAUAUAUUAUAUCAAUUUCUAAUAUUAUUAGGUGCAUUUUUCAGGACCUAAGGUCAGUAAAAAUGCUUUAAUUCUUUGAAGUGUUGUCAGUGAUACUUUUCAAGUAGGAGUGGGAAAACUUAAUGCGUCUGAUAGUCAGCCUGUGACACAUCAGCUGUGCUGUGGGUUAGCUCGGCUCAGCGCAGCUGACAGCAGAGUUUUGCUGCUGAUUUCUGCCAGCCCAGAUCACCACCAGACAUGGAUGUCACAGAGCUGCUCUCCUACAAGCCGGACAAGAACACAAAGCGCCACCUGGAGGGCGAGGAUGAGGAGGAGGAGGCGGCUCCGCGGCGCGUGAUGGCUCGCACCGCUCCGGCACCCUCCGACGAGCCCACGCCCGAUGAGAUCCUACGACUGGUGGACGAAGAGCCGCAGGUGGAGCCGCUCGACGAGAACCUGCUGAAGCGGCUGAUCCUGCAGCUGGAGAAGCGCACGCUGCGCAAUCAGGAGAUGCGCACCAAGUACGCUGACGCGCCGGAGCGGUUCCUGGACUCUGAGCUGGAGCUGCACGAGUCGAUUCAGGCGCUGCACGCGGUGGCCACCGGCCCGGAGCUGUACCCGCGCCUGGUUGGUCUGGGUGCCGUCAGCUCACUGCUGGCGCUGCUGGCGCACGAGAACACCGAUAUUGCUAUCGCAGUUAUUGACCUGCUUCAGGAGCUGACGGACGUGGAGACGGACACGGACGAGGGGGAGCGCGGCGCCGACCGGCUAGCUGCCGCCCUCCUAGAGCGGGAGGCGGUGGCCGUGCUGGUCCACACAAUGGAGCGCCUGGACGAGACGGUUACCGAGGAGGCGGCCGGCGUGCACAGCGCGCUCGCCAUCGUCGAGAACGUCACAGAGGUGCGCCCGUCAGCCUGCCUGCCGGCCGCCCAGCAGGGCCUCAUGGCCUGGCUGCUGCGCCGGCUCCAGCGCAAGGCGCCGUUCGACGCCAACAAACUGUACGCCAGUGAGAUGCUGUCGGUGCUGGUGCAGAGCCACGAGGAGAACAGGACGCUGCUGGGAGAGCUGGAUGGCAUUGACGUCCUGCUGCAGCAGCUAGCCUACUACAAGCAGCACGACCCGUCCUCCUCAGAGGAACAGGAGUGCAUGGAGAACAUGUUCGACGCGCUCUGUUCGGUGCUGCUGCUGCCAGAGAACAAGGACCGCUUUCUGCGCGGAGAGGGACUCCAGCUGAUGAACCUCAUGCUCAGGGAGAAGAAGCUGUCGAGGAACGGUGCUCUCAAGGUGCUCAAUUACGCUACCUCGGGGCCGUCAGGAGCCGACAACUGUAACAAGUUUGUCGAGAUUCUCGGCCUGCGCACGCUGUUUCCAUUGUUUAUGCACACACCGCGCAAACACAAACGGAAGGGUCUCAGCGUCGAGGAGCACGAAGAGCACGUGGUAUCCAUCCUGUGCGCCCUGCUGAGGCACUGCCGCGGCCAGCUGCGUCAGCGAAUAGUGGCCAAAUUCACGGAGAACGACUGUGAAAAGGUGGACCGCCUCAUGGAGCUGCACUUCAAGUACCUGGACAAGGUAUACAGCACGGACGCGGCGCUGGAGUCCGAGCGCGGACUGGAGGAUGACGAGCUGUACGUGCGCCGGCUCGAGGGCGGACUGUUCACACUGCAGCUGGUCGACUUUAUCGUACUGGAGGCGUGUGCCGCCGGCGCCGCCCAGGUCAAACAGCGCGUCAUGCAGAUGCUGAACAUCAGGAAUGCAUCGGUGAAGACCAUCCGAAAUAUUAUGAGAGAGUACGCCGGUAAUCUGGGGGACACCGACGACUCUGAGGAGCGCCAGGCGGAGCAGCAGCGGAUACUGCAACUGGUCGACAAGUUCUGAGUCAUCUGCCCCGUCCCCCCCCCCCCCCACCCAUUAUACACCUACCCAUUGUCUCAUCACCCGCCGCCGCCAAUACAUUAUCAUGUCAAUCAGAA